UUCAGAUCUUAAGGGUAUUUCCUAUGUGUAUUUUAAACUUUACCUCUAUUUCCAUUUUCACCCGAAGAGUUAAAAUUAAGCUACAUUUAAACUAAAUAAAAUAGCUUAAGGUUUCUAAAGUAGCUUUUCGAAGUUGAAAAUGCGAACAUUUAUUUUGCUUCUGAUUUAAUAAAAAAUCAAGAAUUUUUAAACUAUCCCAGCGGCUCACCACCACCAUAUUCGGCUCAUUUGGAAAUGAUGAACUCCCAUUUUGAACCGAGUACGAUUAUGAAGAAAUCCGAAUCACCCUCACCGAACAAGGAAAAGUGCAAGAGAGCUCGAACUGCAUUUAGCAGCAAUCAAUUGAUUCAACUCGAAAGGGAAUUCCAUGCCAACAAGUACCUUUGUCGUCCACGAAGAAUUGAGAUCUCCCAACGCCUCGAACUCUCCGAGAGACAAGUUAAGAUCUGGUUUCAGAAUCGUCGCAUGAAGAGCAAGAAAGAUGCUGCUCGUGGCAUCACCGAUUACCUCAAGUUUCGACCAAGUUCCGAUUCCGGUUCAAGUCGAGGCAAUUCGGCACCAGUUUCACCACAGCAUCAAAAUUUCGGGAGUCCAAAUAUCAAAAUCGAAGCUCAAAACGAUGACAAGAGCCAUGAUGGUAUUGUGCAAAGACUCCUGCAGUAUAGUCCCCAGAGGGAGCUUCUAACCCAUCAGGUGGUUACCCCAGUGCAAGUUCAACACCAGCCCCAACAUCAACAGCCCAUGCAACAGACAAACUAUCAAAAUGUCAAUGUCAAUGCCACUGACAAUCUGGAAGUUCCACGAUACAUCAAUCCUUACCAAAUGCACCACAACAAUAACUAUCCAUCAGCAGCCCCACAGCAUCAGACAAUCCCUCAGCAGCAGAGUCAUAUGAAUUCCAACAAUAACAACUACUUGCCCCAGGACUUCUGCAACGAUUUGCCCUCAAAUGACAGACUGAACUAUGUCUUCGAUCAGUUCAUUCCAAAUUUCCUGGACUUUGCCAUGGGUAACGAUUUGACAUAUGACCCUUCACAAGAAUAUGACGUCAACAACAGCUGCGAACUGUCACCAACUUCCGGAAGUGACGAAAGCUGGGCUUCGAAUUAUUCGGCGUUACCAACUGAUGUUGAUUUGUCAGCUUACCGAUUGCUAGAGUUGUAAAAUCUAUAUGCUUAACAAAAAUAUUAUAUCUUUUAGAAAUUGUACAAAAAAUUAUUAAGUAUUGUAUACAUAAAUAGUAAUAAUUGCUCUUAAGUUGUAAAAGUUUAUACAU